AUGACAUGUGUGCUGACAACACCUAGCAUCAGCCAAGCGGAACGAAUGCUGACCGAAUUCGACGAAACAUGUGGAUGCUUCGGUCUUCAGCUGAAUCUGCAAAAGACGAUGUUCAUGCGGAACGGAUGGGUCUCGGAUGCCCCAUUCACGCUCAACGGAACGAACAUAUCCGAAUGCACCAGCUGCUUUUAUCUGGGUCGGGACUUGAACAUGAUGAACGACCUGACCCCCGAGCUGAGCAGGAGGAGACGAGCGGCUUGGGGAGCGUACAAGAGCAUCGAGGAUGUAGUGAGGAAGACCAGGAGCACCGGGCUCCGUGCUCACCUCUUCAACACCACCGUACUUCCUGCUUUGACCUAUGCUUCGGAAACCAGGGCAUAUCGCAAGCAGGAAGAAAACGCGGUAAGCGUCGUUGAACGCGCGAUUAAGAGAAUGAUGCUAAGAGUAUCCCGUUCAAGUGAGGGACGGAAUUCGAAGUUCUCUCCUGCGUCAGCGAUUGAAGAUUAG